UCCGGCGCUGACCCGCGCGCUGCCAGUCCCGACGCCGCUGGGAAGCCUGCGCCAGCGCCGGCAUGACGCGCGCUCUGUUCAAGGGCAACUUCUGGAGUGGGGACAUCCUCAGCACCAUCGGCUACGACAGCAUCAUCCAGCAUCUGAACAAUGGCCGCAAGAACUGCAAGGAGUUUGAAGACUUUCUGAAGGAAAGGGCGGCGAUUGAAGAGAAAUAUGGCAAAGACCUGCUCAACCUGUCCAGGAAGAAGCCAUGUGGCCAGUCGGAAAUCCAUACCCUGAAGCGGGCCCUUGAAGUCUUCAAGCAGCAAGUAGACAAUGUGGCACAAUGUCACAUUCAGCUUGCACAGACUCUGAGAGAAGAGGCCAGGAAGAUGGAAGAAUUUAGGGAAAAGCAAAAGCUACAACGGAAAAAGACUGAAGUUAUAAUGGAUGCUAUCCAUAAACAGAAGAGUCUACAAUUUAAGAAAACCAUGGAUGCAAAGAGGAACUACGAGCAGAAAUGCCGUGACAAAGACGAGGCGGAGCAGGCUGUUCACCGGAGUGCCAACCUGGUAAACCCGAAGCAACAAGAGAAGCUUUUUGUGAAACUGGCAACUUCGAAGACUGCAGUAGAGGACUCAGACAAAGCAUACAUGUUGCACAUCAACAUGCUGGAUAAGAUCCGAGAAGAGUGGCAGAGUGAGCACAUCAAAGCCUGUGAGGUGUUUGAAGCUCAAGAAUGUGAACGAAUAAACUUCUUCAGGAAUGCCUUGUGGUUACAUGUGAAUCAUCUGUCCAAACAGUGUGUCGUUAGCGAUGAUAUGUAUGAGCAGGUCCGGAAGAGUUUGGAGAUGUGCAGCAUCGAGAAGGACAUCGAAUACUUUGUGAAUCAGCGCAAAACUGGACAGACCCCACCAGCACCCAUCAUGUAUGAGAACUUCUACUGCCAGAAGAAUGCAGCGCCUCCAGGGAAAGCUACCGGACCCAAUGUCGCAAGGAGAGGACCCCUGCCAGUUCCUCAAAAUGUACCAGAUGACCCCGGUUACUCCGUGAUUUCGGACUAUAGCUUGGUCUAUCAGUGAUGUUGUCGGUAAGAAAACAAAACUUGCUCCACCUAAUGCUCCUGUGGAAAAAGCACCAAGAAUGGCAGAAUCCACAGCUAAAUCCUGCCCUUGAUGAUGACUCUGAAGUGAACCCUUGCUGUAAUGUUUUGAUAUCUUAAGUUGACGAUAAGCAUUUCUUUAGUUCAAUGUAGGCUAACAGAGCUCUUUAGUUUCCUGAUAGAGUUUACAAAUUGCCCCAGACCAAAGAAUUUUUCUUUCUCAGACAGGUACUGAAGUUGUGAGUGAGUUAUUUCCUAGUCGAAAAGCAAGAACAGUUUCUGGGUUGAGUGCUGGCUCCUGAGACAGCAGAGGUGGCUGCCAAGGGGCCCUGCGAGCACUGGCGCAAGAGCUCACCCAGCCCUGGGCAGCAGGGAUGGGGAGUUUUCAUCCAGGCGCAUGUUCCCAGGGGCACGAGAUUGAAAUGACCUUGCCUUUUGAGGCUGGAAGAUUUAGCAGCCAUCUGAUUGUGUAUUCUAUGUCACAGAUGAGGAAAUUUGGCCCAGAGGAUGAAAUUGGGGUUUCAUCUAGGGCUGCCAACUGACCAGGGACAGCCAGAAGCCGAGCAUAAGCCAGGCUACAUCACCACUCUGCCAGCCCCUGCUGAGCUCACCGUGCUCCUGCUGAACCUUAGGACACCAUGUGUUUUUGCCAGAAUUUUUCUAAUUGGGAAAUGUAUUAGGGAGUCAGGGUUACAUUUUCCAGUAUGUACUAUACUACAGAGUAGUAUAUUCAGUCCAACCUGAGAAGCCAUAGUUUUUUUCUUCUGCUCUGGGCACUCAUGUUCCCAGAACUGUGCGUAAAUGAAUUGAAAGAAGAGUUCUCAUUUCUCCUCUUUUAAUGUGAGCAGUGUAGCAGCUGCUUGUCAAGAGGGGAAACUUGCAUCAGUUGGAUAUCCUUUUGGGAAACUGAAUUUUGCAAAGGGUCAUUGAUUUUCCCGAACCAGACAAGCUCAGGAAAUUUUCUUUUGUUUUCAGAAUACUCUGUGUUUUCUUAUUUAUUAUUGGCAGUUCCUCAGGGAUUUCAAUUUUCUCUUUCCCUUGGUCAGUGCAAUGGUGUAAAGAUGUUUUCCGAAUGGAAAAAAAAAUCGUAUUUUCAUUCUGUUGCUCUUUCAGUUUGAUAUGAAGUAGAAUAAAGGCUUUUGAUGAUUUGG